CCUUAAAACCCUAGCACUUCCCUCCCUCUCUUCUGCUUCUGCCUCUCGCUAAAACCCUAAUAACCAAACGAAUGGGAGCGCCAGCCCAUUUCUCUCUGAAGUUCGGUUUUUGGUUAUCGGUUAAGGGCUGAGCAGUGAAGAAGAAGAGUCUCUCUCUCUCCCUCCCUCCUUCUUCCUGCAACUAACCAUGGCGCUCUACCUUCUCUACGAGUCGGCCUCCGGUUUCUCUCUCUUCCAUGCGCAGGGCAUAGAUGAAAUAGGCCACAACACGGACGCCGUCCGGGAGUCCAUUAUGGACCUCAACCGCUUCGGCAAGGUGGUGACGCUCACAGCUUUCCAGCCAUUCUCAUCUGCCCCCGACGCCCUGAAGCAGUGCAACUCAAUCUCUGAAAACAUGUUAACUGACGAGCUAAGAAACUUUCUGGAGCUUAACCUGCCAAAAGUUAAGGAGGGAAAGAAGGCGAAGUUCAGUUUAGGUGUUUAUGAGGCAAAGCUCGGUUCACAGAUUCUUGAAAUUACGGGCAUCCCUUGCCAAUCCAGUGAUUUUGUGCUUGAAAUCUUGCGCGGCAUCCGCCUACACUUUGAGCGAUUCAUCAAGGCCCUUAAACAAUCAGACUUGGAGAAAGCUCAACUGGGUCUUGCACAUAGUUACAGUCGAGCAAAGGUCAAGUUCAACGUCAAUAGAAUUGACAAUAUGGUCAUUCAGGCAAUUUUCCUCAUAGACACUCUAGACAAGGAUAUUAACCUGUUCUCCAUGAGAAUCAGGGAAUGGUAUUCAUGGCACUUCCCGGAACUUGCUAAGAUCAUCAAUGAUAAUUAUCUGUAUGCAAAAGUUGUAAAGCUCAUAAAAGACAAAUCUUCCCUAAAAGAAGAUUCUGUUUCUGAGCUAGCUGAUGCUAUUGGCGAUGAAGACAAAGCCAAAGAGAUUUUUGUGGCAGCAUCUCAGUCUAUGGGGCAGGAAUUAUCUGUUGUCGACCUGAUGAAUGUUCAACUAUUUGCUCAAAAGGUGAUGGACCUGUCUGAAUUCAGAAAGGAACUUUAUGAAUAUCUUGUAACCAAAAUGAAGGAUAUUGCACCAAAUUUAGCUUCUUUAAUUGGUGAAAUGGUUGGUGCCCGGUUGAUUUCUCAUGCUGGUAGCCUUACAAAUUUGGCCAAGUGUCCUGCGUCUACUCUUCAAAUACUUGGUGCAGAAAAGGCACUUUUUAGGGCAUUGAAAACCCGAGGAAAUACCCCCAAGUAUGGUCUUAUCUUUCAUUCCUCCUUUAUUGGUCGUGCAUCUGCUCGGAACAAGGGUCGGUUGGCUCGAUACCUUGCAAACAAGUGUUCCAUUGCAUCCCGUAUAGAUUGCUUUUCAGAUACAAACAGCAAUAUCUUUGGUGAGAAGCUCCGGGAACAGGUUGAGGAGAGAUUAGACUUUUAUGACAAGGGAGUUGCUCCACGAAAGAAUGCUGAUGUAAUGAAAGCUGCUAUUGACGACAUGCUCAACAAAAAGACUGAAGAUUUAGAAGAUGCGGAAGGGAUGAAUGAUCUCUCUGAGAAAUCCGCUAAAGUUGCAGAAAAGAAAAGUAAGAAGAAGAAUAAGAAGGAGACUAGGGGUGAGGAGGAUGUUCAAGUGCAGGAGGCAAUGAAUUUAGCUGAUGGGGUUGUUUCAGGGGAGCCAGAAUCACAGAAAAAGAAAAAGAAAAAGGAUGAAAAGCGCAAGAGGGGGGCAGAUGAAGCGGUCACAUUGAACGGAGUUGCUGAUGGUCAGGUUGAAUUGGAGCAGAAUGGAACCGCCAAGAAGAAGACGAAAAAGAAGGGAGGUGAAAAGGAGGAAGCCAAUGAACACACCCCGGAGGCGAAGAGCGAGAAAAAGAAAAAGAAGAAGAAGAAGGUGGAUGAAGAAUGACACGUAAGUGUAACUUGAGAUCUUGUUAUGUAAGUUUCAAACAUAGGUAUUAUUUCAAUUGUAGUGGUUGGCACUUCAAAGUUCAAAGCAAUGCAUUUUUGAUUGGGUCCUAA